AUGACACAGACAAUGAAAGAGACAGUAUAUCGUUUAAAAGUGAGAUUAGCAUUGGCUAAUUUUAAAAGAAAGCAUGGCUAUGAACACUAUGACCUUUAUACACUUGAAUCAAUUCUUCCAAAAGUUACCAAGCAUCGUUAUUAUCCAACACAGACACAUGCAACAUAUACACCUGCUCGCUAUAUUUCCACUUUAUUACUUCAUUAUCCUAUUUCAGAAAAACGCAGUACUUCACCUACUGAACAAGAUGCAGCCAAUGUGUUAGUGAUGCUUCAUAAUUCACCUCAGUCAAAUUGA